AGGAAAAAAAAAUAUCAAGAUUGAUGACCGGCAAGAUUACAUGCGUAAGCAGCGGCGUCGUUUUGACCAUAGUUCCUCCUCUCUUUCUGCUUGAUCCGCCGGCGCGCGGUGAUUUCUGAUAAAACUUCAAUGUUGGGCGAAUAAUAAGUAGAAGCAGAUUUAGCGUAUGAUAGACACAAUCCCUAUGUUUACAUGUAUAUACUCGGAUCUUCUAUAUCUACAACCGCGGCACCAUCGCUAGAAAGGAGGAGGAGGAGAGGGGAAUCAGGUUCCAUGGAAAGUGAUAUACAAUGGAGGCUGCUCUUCUUGUCCUGCUGUCUCACUCUCUUUAUAUGCACCACGGAUCUCUUCAUCAUCAGAUCGACGGCGGGAAGCGUUACGCCGGAGGAAGCAAUGCUGCUCAGAGAUGAGGUGCGUGAAAUGUUCAAUCAUGCCUUCAACGGCUACAUGCUACACGCAUUUCCGCGUGACGAGCUAAGACCUUUAUCAUGUGAAGGAGAAGACACACUUGGUGGCUAUGCUUUAACAUUAAUAGAUUCGUUGGAUACAUUGGCUUUGCUAGGAGAUAAGGAAAGGUUUGCUGAGUCUGUUGAAUGGGUUGGAAAAAACCUUAGAUUUGACAUUAACAAGACUGUUUCUGUAUUUGAGACAACAAUACGGAUCCUUGGAGGCUUACUUUCUGCCCAUCUUAUUGCAAGUGACUAUGCUACGGGAAUGAAAAUCCCCACAUAUGAUGAUGAAUUGCUCCACUUAGCUGAGGACCUGGCACGGAGACUUUUACCUGCAUUUGACACUCCGACUGGAAUCCCAUUUGGAUCUGUCAACUUAUUGUUUGGAGUUGAUGAAAAUGAAAGUAAGAUAACUUCAACAGCCGGUGGUGGGACUUUAACACUAGAAUUUGGUGUUAUUAGCCGCUUAACAAAUGAUCCAAUCUUUGAGCAAGUAUCAAAGAAUGCAGUACAUGGAUUAUGGGCCCGUCGAUCAAAGAUUAACCUAGUUGGUGCUCAUAUUAAUGUGUUCACUGGAGAAUGGACACAAAAGGAUGCUGGAAUAGGAACCAGUAUUGAUUCUUUCUACGAGUAUCUUUUGAAGGCUUACUUGCUAUUCGGGGAUGAAGAGUAUCUAUUCAUGUUUCAAGAAGCUUAUGCUGCUGCAAUGAAUUAUCUUUAUACUGAUCCUUGGUAUGUGGAGGUAAAUAUGAAUUCUGCUGCUCUUGUCUGGCCAUUAUUUAACAGCCUACAGGCAUUCUGGCCUGGACUUCAGGUUUUGGCUGGGGAUGUUGAUCCUGCAAUUCGAACGCAUGCUGCAUUUUUUAGUGUAUGGAAAAAGUAUGGUUUUACUCCUGAAGGUUUUAAUCUUGCUACAUUCAGUGUUCAGCUUGGUCAGAAAAGCUACCCCCUUCGACCAGAACUUAUAGAGAGCACAUAUUGGCUUUACAAAGCAACUAGAGAUUCCAGAUAUCUUGAUGCCGGGCGUGACAUGGUUGCUAGCCUACAAUAUGGAGCUCGAUGCACCUGUGGGUAUUGUCACAUUUCAGACGUGGAGUUUCAUAAACAAGAAGAUCAUAUGGAGAGUUUUUUCCUAGCUGAGACGGUCAAAUAUUUGUGGCUUCUUUUUGAUCUGGCUGCUGGUCCAGAUAACUUGGUGGAGAAUGGCCCUUACACCUACAUAUUCAGCACGGAAGGGCACCUAUUACCUGCAACUCCACAGAUAUCUUUAGUCCGUGAACAUUGUUCUUACCUUGGAGCAUUUUGUGGAGACCACAGCAUAGGACAUGGAUCUCGUACAUCAAAUGACACCAUAAAUACUCAAGAAAUUAAGGAUAGCAGACUGUUAAGAGGCUCAAGUGGAUCUAGGUUUGGACUAGAUUUCAAUGUUAUGAGAUCAACCUCUGUUGCGGGAUCGGUGAAGGGGCUCUGUCCAGGGCUAAGUCAUGGACAGAAAUAUGGCGUACUAUAUAAAUCAUCACAAGAUGAAGACAAUGUGUCUUCAUAUGAAGGAGAAACUACUACCUUGUCUCCAAAAUAUUCUGUAGUGGUCCUUACAGAUAGUCAGACAGACCAUGAAAGUGCUCCAGAGCCGACAGUUGUAAGACCGGAAGGUAUUUUAUCUCUGGGGGACCUUCAAACGGGUUACAAGAAUGUGGAGGAGCCAAUGGAGGAGGGAUCAAUCUCCACCAAACAUUCAGAAGGGGCAUCAUAAUUAAUGUUGACAUUUUUUUCAUGCUAAACCCAACAUGUUUGAAGAUAUGAAGACAUAUAGGAUAUACAUUUGUCGGUUUAUUGGUGGCUUAGGAAAUGGAAGUUGAACCAGUUGGCUAUAUAUGCGUCCGGAUUAGGUCUGGUUAAUGGAAUUCUCCCUAAGAGGUUCGACCAACUUGGCCAAGCAUCAAGUGUCUGGUCUGUAUAGCAGGUCAAUGGAUUGACAGUUAAUUUUUAUUUUAUUUUUUUCUUUCUAGUAUUUUUAUUUAUUACUUCAUCAAAUGGUUGAUAGUGGAUGAUAUGGCAUUAAAUUAGCUGGGAGAUAGAUGAGUAGGGGAUUGAUCCAUUGACAGGGGAAAUCAUACAUGAAAGAUUACUUGAUUGAAUAAUUUUAUGAUUAAUAGAUAUAAUAAAAUUAUUUUAAAUCUUA